AUGCCUGGAUAUGAGUUAUCUUCGGCGGACCGAUCAGUAAUCGACAAAAAGCAUUUAUGCCCUAAAUGUGAGGGUCUUCUUAGAGAAGCUGUCCAAACAAUAGCAUGUGGUCAUAGAUAUUGCAAAACAUGUGUGGAAACGAUUCUUUGGUAAGUACGUCGUGUCACCUCGUCAUUGUCCUAGCCAGCUGAAAUAUGCUACCUCUAAAGUAAGUAGUCAACUGUAGAUACAUGACUGAUAUAAUGAGAAUAACUAUACAAAUCAUGCUGUCGAUAGCUUCGUGGCUAAUGUGGUGCGGAUAAAUGGGAACUGUAUAUCAAGCCCCAGGUUGUUCAAAUGGUGGAUAAUUAACAAUUAGUCGCCGAAGGCGACUUCAAUAUCGGCGAAUAGUCACCGAGAGUCGAGGUGACUAUUCGCUGAUAUUCACGUCGCCUGAGGCGACUAAUUGUUUUAGUAUAAUUACAUUGAUGAUUAUUCGAGAAAAUAAAAUUAUUGAUCAAUUUGCGACUCCGAAACAUCAACAAAUCUGGCUGCCAUUUUGAAAACUGUCAGCCUUUAAUGUUAUAAUCACCGCGCGGUGAUUAUGGCGGGAUGAAGCGAAGCUCCUAGCGAGGGCGGAUAAAGGCUGGGCGGUGAAACGAGCGCUCCGCUCUUCAUUUAAUGUGUGAUGCGGAGUAGGACUGGCACGAGCGCUCUUUCCGCGCUUCUGGUGCGCUUGAAGGCCUGCGAAAUUUUCCUUUUUGCAAACCUGAAAUCCUAUUUUCUUUCUGUAAUUUCAGGCUACAAUGUGAAAUAGAUAAAUUCGUUUCAUAACAAUAUCAAUAAACAGUUUCAUAUGUUUGUGUCUGUAUGCCUAUAAGUCAAACUUGUUGGUCGUAUAAUGCCAAAAUUUGAGUUUCAUUUGAAAGUGUUGAACACCUCCUCCUUCCACUAAAUAUCAUCUAAUUGUCUUUCGCCGUUUCGUUUGCAAAAGCUUAAUACUUCUUAACCUCAAUUUUUACAUAUGUUAAAGGGGGAUAAAUUUUAUAUAACAUAACAAAAAAUUAGAUUGAUAUAUUUUGAUAUAGUGGCGUUGUACUGCUUCAAACUUUGCUUCUCUGGUGCAACGCGCCAUGGCGAUUCGCGCAAUGCGUCGCAAAUCCGGCAACCGCAUGUAAACAAAAUUUAUUGAGGUUAGUUGUAAGGUUUUUUCUCCGUUUUUCUCUCUAAAACAAAACAAGGUAAACAGUAAAAACUGAGGGGAAACUAAUUUUGAAGUUUCGAAGAAAAAGAAAGACGUAUGAGAUGUUUUUUUCAAAAUUAAAAAGAAGGAUGAUGGUGACUGAAAUUAGCAUAAUUUCACCUUGCACUAGCUGCACGCAUUUAUAAAAUACACGUCAUCUAGUUAUGAAACACGAUCUGCUGUCUUUUUGUUUUGCCAUGGAUGACAUGGAUGAGAUUUUCCUUCGUGUUUUAGACAGUACUUAGUUGUUUUUGUUUUGGAAUAACAUCGACAUUGGCGAGUAGUAGAACGAAAAUAAUAUAUAGAUUUAGCCAGGGCUAAAAGCGAGGCUCCCAUUAAUAGAUUUAUAAUUUAAAUCAAACAAUAUACUUGUAUUCCACAAUUCAGUUAACUUUAGAGCACAUUCGUGUGACUUUUCAGGGAAAGGCUAAGUGAUUUUACAAAAAAUAAUUUGCAAACAGCCCAAGAGUGAACCAAAUCUCACAUCGAGUUGAUAGCCUCAUAAGUACACUCAAAAACUGGCAAUCAUCUUCGAUCACUGUUAGAGGGUGGUAACCCUAUUGCUAGGCAUCAUGGGAAGAGGCUCGAGAGAGCUACGUUCUGUCAUGGCGUUGAGUUACUGUCUUGUUACUGUUAGAGCUCUCACCGAAACAUGGUACCAGGAGUGUGAACAAACGCUGAUUAUUCUGCUGCUAUCGAUCUGCUAUCGAUCUGACUUUCUGUGAUCUUGUUUGUCUGUGAGUGUGGAAUCUCGUCGAUCGCUCAAACAUACUGCCUGAGAUCUUCGCGCCAAAACCCUGCAAAACCACGAGUUAAACGUGUCGGAAGAAGGAGCCGAAGCUGCGGCCCCAGCUCAAGAUCGAAAUCAAGGUUUCUUUACUGGUAAUAUCAUGAACUUCGAGCGACCCAAGUUCGAUUCCCGUAGGGAGAAUCGGCUAGAAGCAUUGAAAGCCUUCAAAAAGAAAUGUGGUUACAUCUUCAAAGGAAGUCUUGUGAAUAUUCGAAUGAAAGAAAAUGUAUUUUGGUUCAAGAUUGGCUUGGCCCUGAAGGUCAAAAGAUAUACGACAGCCUGGACUGGUUUGAAGGUGAGGAUGUAAACGACUAUGAUCUGAUGUGGACUAAGUUGGAACGAGCGGUAAGUCCAGAAUGUAACGAAGUUGUUGCUUCUAAGAAAUUCAAAGAACGAGUGCAAAAACCUGGAGAGACAAUAACUGCUUUUGUCACUGAUCUGCUGCUGUUAGUGAAAGACUGUAAUUAUGUAGACGAAGAUAGACAUGUGAGAGAUCAAUUUGUUUAUGGUGUCUCUGAUGGAGAACUAAAGAAAAGAUUGCUAGAAAAAGGAAACACUCUCACAAGAGUUGAAGCUAUUACAAUUGGCAAGGCUUAUGAAAGUACAAAGAUUGAAGUCCAAGAGUGUAGUGCAAACCGAACUCCUGCAAAAAAGAGUAUAAAAGCUGUCUCUAAAGAUAAGCCCAAGAAAGUCCUCAUGUGUAAUUACUGUGCAAACAAGAAGGGAGCUCAUAGCUUUUCAGACAAGAAACUCUGCCCCGCCUGGGGAGCAGUCUGCAGAAAAUGUAAGGUCAAAAAUCACUUUCAAGACUCAAAGGAGUGUAAACGCUCACAAAAAGGAAAACAGGAGAAACACUCAGAUCCAAAACAAUCAAAACCAACCUCAAAACCGUUUGUACUGAGAGUAGAGGAAGAUGGUGAGGAUCACUAAUAUGAAGUUCUUGACAAAAUCUGUGUACUUAAUCAAAACUGUGAUCAUAAGAAAGCUUUUGCAAACCUACUUCUGUCGAAGAAAAGAAUUCCUGUUAGCUUUCAGAUAGACUCUGGUUCAACAUGUAGCAUUCUCCCUGUGAAUGUGUACAAAGACAUCAGUGGAGAUUAUGAUUUCACUGAACUUAACACUGUAGUCAAGCCUGUUCUGUCUCUCUAUGAUGAAGAAACCAAAAUUCAGACCCUGGGAACCAGAAAAGUCUUUGUGCUAAAUCCUGCAACCAGUGAAGAUGGGAUCAUUCAGUUUAGAAUUGUUGACAGAGACCUAACACCUCUGAUCGGUCUAAAUGACUCUGAAACACUCAGACUCAUUGAGCUCUUACGAGAGAAUAUUUCUGUCGUAGCCCCAACUAACCCAAGUGUCCCUGUAACUGCCAGUGAAAUGACAACACCACUCACUUUGGAGACCAUUCUGACUAACUACCCUCAAGUCUUUGAUGACAGUAUAGGAAAGUUUGAGGGCGAACUACAUCUUCACACAAGUAAUGAUGUCACUCCUCACAAAACAGCUCCUAGAGAGAUCCCUCUGUGAAGAACAACUUUAUUGCUGAAGUAAAAGAUCUCCAACAUCAAGGUAUAAUUGAGAAAGUGACUGAGCCUAUCGAAUGGGUAAGUGCUCCAACAAUUGUAAAGAAACCUUCUGCUAAGAAUGGGAUUAGACUCUGCAUAGAUAGCAGACCACUGAACACGGCACUCAAACGAUCUGAGUACUUAAUCCCAACUGUCGAUCAUCUGCUUACAGACAUUAGCAAUGCUAAAGUAUUCUCUCUAGCUGAUAUCAAGACUGCUUUUUGGCAUGUACCAUUAGAUGCAGAAAGCUCCUUGCUGACAACCUUUAAUACCCCUCUUGGACGGAUGAAAUGGAAAAGAAUGCCUUUUGGCAUCAGUGUAGCACCUGAAGAAUUUCAAAGAAGAAUUGAUGAGAAUCUAGAAGGAUUAGAACGUGUAAAAGCUAUAGCUGAUGACAUAUUGAUCUGGGGCGAUGGAGAAAACAUUGAAGCAACAGCUAGCUAUGACAAGAGAUUGCUUGCCUUGUUGGAGCGAUGCCAUCAGAAGAAUAUUAAACUUAGUAAGGAGAAGUUCCGGCUGAGGAAGACUGAGUUGUUCUACAUGGGUGUGGUCCUUACAGACAAAGGAGUUAAACCUGACCCCAAGAAACAAGAAUGUAUUCAGUCAAGGCCUGCCCCAACAAACAAAGAUGAAGUCAGAAGACUACUUGGUGUAGUUACCUACCUCUCAAGAUUUUCAGAAGACUUGUCAACCAAGUCAGAACCAAUACGAGCUCUGCUGAAGAAUAACACUGCGUUUAUCUGGGAAGAAAAUGAACAGAAAGCUUUUGAUGAAAUUAAAACCCUCAUUCUGAACGCAACACUGCUAAGAUACUUCAAUGUGGCUGAACAAGUUGAAGUCCAAGUGGACGCAUCAUCAAGUGGUUUAGGAGCCUGCCUCAUGCAAGGCGGCCAACCUAUACAGUAUGCUUCGAGAGCAUUAACAGACACUGGAAAACGCUACAGCCAACUCGAGAAAGAGAUGCUUAGUAUUGUAUUUGGGCUCACUAGAUUUCAUACCUACACUUAUGGUAGGAAAGUGACAGUCUAUAACGACCCCAAACCCCUUGAUGCCGUAUUGAAGAAACCUGUUGAAGAUAACCCUGUUAGACUUCAGCAAAUGCUAUGUAGAAUCAUAGGAUAUGAUGUCGAAUUCAAGUAUGUAAAAGGCAAAGACCUCUUUAUUGCUAAUGCCCUGAGCAGAUCUCAACCGACCAACCAGCACCGAAGCAAGAUCGAACAAGAGAUUGAAACGACAAGACUUGCUCAUGAAGAACAAAGCUUAACAAGCAACUUCGCUGAAAUAGCAGAAGCCACUGCAAAGGACGCUGUCUUACAGUCUGUCAUCGACCACAUAUCAAUGGGCUUGAAACCAAGCAAACGAAACGUUCCUGUUGAAAUCUUACCGUAUUGGAACAUUAAGGAUGAACUGUCCUUUAACGAUGGAAUCGUUUACAGGAGUGAUCGCAUCGUAGUCCCAGCAACAUUCCGAAAGACUCUGAUUAUUAAAUUACACCAAGCACAUAUGGGCACCGGGUUAACCCUUAGGCGUGCUAGAACUUCAUUAUGGUGGCCGGGAAUGAACAAUCAGUUGAAACAGUUCAUUGCUACAUGUGAAGUCUGCAAUGCUUUCCAGACUAAGAACCAAAAAGAAACGCUAAUCAGUCAUGAAAUUCCUAACAGACCCUGGUCAAAAGUUGGAUCUGAUAUUUUUGAAUAGAACAAAGAACACUAUCUUGUUCUAGUUGACUAUUACAGUGACUGGAUUGAAUUUGACUUGAUGAAAAACCAAACUGCAUGUGAAACCAUUAAUCUAAUGCAAAAACAAUUUGCGAGAUGGGGAAUUCCUGAUGAGAUCGUCACAGACUGUGGUAAGAAAUACGACUCAGUUGAGUUCUCGCAAUUCUGCCAACGAAAGAAGAUUAAACGUACCAAAUCUUCACCAUAUCACCACCAAGGUAACGGAAAAGCUGAAUCUGCUGUGAAGACUGUCAAAACUUUGCGAGGAAAGCUGAGAAAACAAAAUUGAGUCCGUACGAAGCAUUGCUUGACCAGCACAACACGCCUACUGCUGGCAUGACAACAUCUCCCGCACAAAGAUUCCUAAACCGUCGAACAAGAACUGAAGUACCUAUGAAAGCGACACUACUGACACCUGAGAUUGCAGAAUCGAAACAGUGUUAGCAGAGAAAACUAAGAAACACCAGAAAUCUCAAGCAUAUUAUCACCGCACUGCUAAAGACCUAAAUGAAUUAAAGCCUGGAGAUACCGUUAGAGUCAAGCCUGAAGGUCUGUUGAAAGGACAAGAGUGGAAGAAAGGAACUGUCUCACAGAACUGUGGAUACCGUUCAUACGAUGUUAAUGUGGAUGGUAAACUGCUCAGAAGAAACCGUGUACAUCUUAAGGAAGAUCAGCAAGUCAAAGUUACGGAACCCUCCUCGAAAUCUGGAGAACAGAAACCGACAGACGGAGACCUACCUGCCGCUGUUGUUGAAAAGAAUGGGAAAAAAAAAUCAAGCCACUAAAAGACACGGCAAAGGCUGCAGAACCUGCUAAAUGCAGUAAGAUGGACCUUAUUUCUGUUAAACGUACACGUUCGGGACGCUUAGUGAAAAUGCCACAAAGAUACUCUAGUUAAACGUAAAAUUGUAAAUUUUACUGGGGGGAAGGUGUAAGAGGGUGGUAACCCUAUUGCUAGGCAUCAUGGGAAGGGGCUCGAGAGAGCUACGUUCUGUCAUGGCGUUGAGUUGAGUUACGGUCUUGUUACUGUUAGAGCUCUCACCGAAACAAUCACAUUCAUUAAGAGCCAUAAUGACUCUUGAUCACCGUAGAUUAAUUAGGCCCGGAAAAAAAUUCCGGCCGAAUUUUUUGCGUUCGAAAAGUUUAUUUUACAAAAUCUUGCCGACAAAUCUGCGUGCGUGUAAACCAACCUUUUAUAUCAUUUAUACAUCACAUCUGAGGUGAAACAGUACUAUGAGGCACUGUUUUUAUCAUACAGACCUCGGACAACAGAAUGCAGUAUUUCACAAUAUUGCGAUACAAAUUGCUAUUCAGGACGAUCGAAGCACGCGUGGGUUUUAGCCGUAAACCGCUGAAAAAAUUUUCAGAAUCAUCUAUACGGCCAGCCGGUUCUAACUUUUACAGUGCCAGCAGUGGCGAGUGUUUGAAUGAACAUUAACAGAGUUACGCUCCAACAUAAUAAAGAAUUUAUUAUGUUUAUUUUUUAUUUUAAAACGGUUUAACGCGCGUCAUUUUGAGUACUCCGGGAACGGCAGCACUAAAACACGGAAUCCGGAAUCCGGAAACGGAAACGGAUCACGGAAACGGAAACGGAAUACGGAAUCUGUGAAAGAAAGUUCCAAGCGAUCGAAUUGAAAAAAAAUAUAUUAGCAAUGACAAUAAAAUAAAUAAACAGAUAAAAAAAAAAAGAAAACGACACAAAUGAAUAUAUUAGCUGAGUAGAGGAGAGGAGACUGCUGUAUCACUAGAGGAGUCGAUUCCGGUGAAAAGACGCUUGAUACCACUAUCGGCAACGAAUGCAAAUUCUCAUGGGACAACAAAGCGAGGAGAAAAACGUUACUGACAAAAACUAGUGCCUUAAGAAAAAGGUAAGUUAUAUGGAGACAGACUUUGUUUGAAUCGUCAGAGACGUCGUUUAUAUAACUGAAAGGCGUCGCCGUCAAGUUUUUCUUAGUGGCCUUUCUGGGUUGUCUUCAACAGUGUUCAGUUUUAUUUAUCAAGACAACUUUUCCAAGAGAACCAUGGCCAUGGCAUUGUGGAGUCCAAAGAGAAGAGAGAAUUGUGCAUGCAUUUGCUUGAUUCCGCAACCGAUUACAUCAAAAUAGUGCGACAUGUUUAAUAAGCCUCUUCAACAAAAAUACGGACGUCCACGUGAACUCAAUUACCGGUACACCAGUAUUCCAUCAAUAUUCAGCUUGGCGAAAAAGUUGAACUUAUUGCUAAAACACCGGAACUGUGGUCACGUCACCGGUCGGUCAUGUGUGGAGUAUUCAGCUUGGGGACAAUCACGAGGUGUGGUCUGAGGCUAACUACUACUAUUCUUAACAAUUAGCUACAAAAGUAAUAUUUAACUGUAUCAUUCAACCCAUGAACUCGUGAAUAAGAAUUACUCGUAAAAUUACUUUCAUCGGCCUUGCAGUGCAGUAACCCACACUACGCCAAACCUUAUCAAGACACAAGAACAAGAAUAUAUUUAAGGGAACUGCCAAGAACACUAAGACAAAUUCUCUUUGGAUUGUACUAAAUUGUGAAUGUGAAAUUCUUUAAUUUUCUAUCAUUGAUAUUUGAUUCCGUAUUCCGUUUCCGUUUCCGGAUUCCGUGUUUUAGUGCUGCCCCUCCGGGAAGCGUUGUUUACUGAACGACUGAAAACAAUCGGCACAACGAUUAAAAUUACAAGAGAGAGUACUAGCAAUCACUAAAAGAAAUAUAAUUCGUUGAAACAUAUACAGAGACGACAAUUUUCAUUCAGGAAGACAAGUAUUAAAGUGUCUCUAAAAAUCCUGAGUCUUCGAGCUUAAAGCUGAAGUUUAUGUUUUAAGCCGGCUUCCCGGUGUUUGCUUUUUUCAAAGACGAACUCGAGGCAAGAAAAUCGCUCAAACCUUUCUUUUACAGCCAGAAUUAUAACUAAAUAUUCUUUGAAACGUUUUCUUUCUAUUUACGGUGAGAAAAUGUCUUAAGGCUUUUUAAAGAUCUGUAAGCUUAUAACAAACCUGAUACUCGGUCAGAUCAUUGUCUCAAAGCUUACAAACAUGCGUAAACAAAAUAGCCGCAUAAACUACGCUCGACUUCAUUAAAUUAGGAAUAAAAAACAAACAUCAAAUACAAUAAUUACUUAGGCUUACCACUCGAGAUGCAGCUCCUGAAAGGUAUCAAGUAAGGCCAGUAUCGCUUCAGACUUUGCAACCCUCUUACGCAUUAAGCAAGAUGAAAACGAAAACGAUGCCAUCCGAAAUCGGAUUUCCGAUUUUGACUAAACCAAAAACCCAAUAAACAAACUAGCCAUGAAUAACAGAAGACUCCUGAUAGCAGCUGAAUUUCAUUUUGUACAUCCAGUGGAAAAAGAAAGUUGAAAACAUCACAAGUUGACACCAGACUCUGUCAGCUUCAGCUGUCAAAGUAAACAAGAUUCAAGAUGCUGCAUAAAUUUUCCGCAUGAACUCACCUGUCAAAUUUUGACCAAUCAGAGCAUAAAAAUUGGACGUACAGCGUGACCAACGCGUGAACAUGGCGAGAAAAGUCAAAAGCAACUGUCUUCCCUGCCUGUAGCAGCUGGCUGAAUUUUCGCGUCCGAAGUCAGUUUGAUAUCAAAAUUUUAAUUGUGCGGCACAUAAACGCAACAUAUUUUAUAUGAAUUUUAAAAAAAAUUAAACCUGAGCCUGCGAUCAUUUGAAAACCAGUACCUUGUCAGCAGAUAACUUCAAAAAACACUUGACCCCGAUGGGUCGACACCUGAGCCCGCGAUACAGUUAGGUGAUACUGGUCAGCGGAUACCUUGUUUUGACAGCUGUCAAUGGAUCACAACAUUGACGUGUAUCAGUUUUCCUGUGCUCCGAUCCCAAACUAGCUAGAAAGUAUGAGACUGAACAUUGAUCGCGAUCUAGUAAAAUAAUUAACUGGUCAGCGGACAGCUUCCAAAUAAAUCUCGUCACCUCAAUGAGUUGACACAUGAGCCCGCGAUAUGGUCAUGGAAUACUGGUCAGUGGCUAUGCUGUUUUGACAGCUGUCAAUUGACCAUAUUGUGAAUGUCCAAUGUAAAAGAUGUGGACUUGGCAAGACACGCCUGAGACACCCCUCCCUUCCUUUUGAUAGUCUCCCCUACCCCACCCGUACAAUCCGUAGACGCGUACGUACAAUCACGUGACAACCAAAGGAAAAGAGGUUGACCAUAAUCUAUGGGUAUGGGGGCUCUGUCCCACGCGCGCUUCGCGGAGCCCCGCUAUUAUUUCUAAACCUCCCGCAAAAAAUAGCAACACUUGCCUCUCGGAGACAGCGUACCAGCACAAAGGAACAAUGAAGAAGUACAAGAAAACAAAUCCAGCCGCCAUAAUUCAUGGUCGAAAACAAGCGACAUUUCUAAGAAGAGUCCCCGCCCUGCUCCUAGCCAAUCAUAGCGCUCUAUUUUCGAUAAUCAUCAAUGUCAUUAUACUAAUGCUGGAUCAAUCUCUCUCCAGUGGAGAGAGCAAUUAGUUAUAAGUUUCCCUGAUACGUAUCCAGUGGACAGUGAUCUAUCCGGUGGAUAGCGCUAUCCAACGUUUGAUCAACUGGGGACAGGUGAAAAUAAAUUUCCUACAGUUAACUGGCAAACAAAAAUCAGAUAAAUACCCGAUAAUUAGGUUUUCUUCGUACCACUGGUUGAUACACACUGACCUCUUUCCCUAAUAAAUUUACAGGCAAGAAGUUGGAAAGUGCAUCAUCGAUGGAUCAGAUAUUCAUAGAGAACAGGUUUGCCUUCUUUUGGAUAAUCAGAUUUGUCGUUAGUGAAAUCUUCUGAAUACAUACUAGGCCGGCCCGAAACAUGACACUGAGCUCCGUUUGAGUCUCAGUACCUUUAACCGCGCGCCACCCAGUUAUGAUGCUGCAUCCUCAUUCACCCUGCCCCACCCCAUUUCGAUCCUUUAACUUUUCUUUAGCUUAGUUGGAAGAGCGCUUGAAUUCUGAGCGGCAGGUCUGGGGCUCAAACCCCGGCCAGACCAACAACCACGGUCUUUAAAUCAGUAAUUAGGUAAUUGGGCGGCGUUCUACCUUCAACUUAAUACGAAGGGGACGCAAAACCAUGCUCUCGUUCGAAACGUGUAGGAGAAGUCUCUUCGUUGGUGUGGUCCACCUCUACCUCUUCCAUCACAUCACUAGCCGCAUUUAUCAUACAUAAAACGGACCGAUAACGGACGUCGGUGGUGCCAUUUUACGCUGAACCACGUGACCUAGAUUUUGUCAUUUACUGUUCACCGUAUCUACCCAUAAAAAGUAGUUUCAUGUCAUUUUCAUCCACAAAAAGUAUUUUGGACAAUUUUUAUCUUCUCAUUUUCUAUAAAUUUGAGAAAUUCUGAGGUUUGAGGCUUGUCGUAAACAUGAUUGUAAUUCCUGUAGCUGUAAUAAAUGACCUAAAGAGGACACACUAUGUUGUCUUAUCCGCCACCUUCGACGUUAUUUGUCAUCCUUUUUGUUUACUCUGCAUGGAUCAAGUAAGAACUGUUUUCCUGUAGCAAUACUUUGUUUCAUAUCACUCUGCAGGUAUUUUUGGACCGCUUUGUCGAGCGUGAGAUACAGUCACUGUUGGUCCAUUGCAUUCAUCAAGAAGAAGGAUGUGAUUGGAAAGACGAGCUUAGAAAACGAGAGGUAACAACUAAGCUUCUAUAUGAUAUUCAAAAGAGUCAUGAUGUAUACCCACUUCCAGCCCUACUGACAAGGGCGGUGCCAGUCGGAUUAAUCUGUAGCCGUGAAACACAAAAAAGCGGUCACGCGUCAGGCAAAAAUAUAUUGAAACAUUUUUACCGUACACCAUUGUCUCUUGUCAUGAAAGUGCCAAGAUCGCUUUAAGAGAUUUUUUGUCUUGUCUUGGGGCUAUUGAUUCUAUUAUCGUGCUAAACAGACCACCCAUCUCAACCAUAGGCUUUACUGUUCAGAUAGAGACCCUCUAUGAGCUGCUUGUAUCAGCUGGAUUAUCUAUGAAAUACGUAGAGAUGUAGAUAUAAUAGACGAGAUAAAAUGGUUUUCAAAUAGGUCGAAGUAGUAUAGGGCGCAAGAUUUACCUACGUGUUUUAUCCGCGCGUAAACUUAAGAACAUUAUUGGAGUAAAGCAAUCUUCAAUUUACUCGAAGAAGUAUAGGGCGAAUUAUUUAAUCCUUGUUUUGGAGCAGAAAUCUUAUCAACGUGUGUCAGAAUAUUAUCGGAAUAAAGCGAUUUUCAAUUUGGCUUAAGUACAUCUAGUAUAGUCCUUUUUCAACACGCUAAUGAAGUCUUGGCCAAUACAAAAAAAAAAAAACGUUAAUCGCGCGCAUCUUUCUUUUCUCAGUAUUGACAACAAAACAUUUUCUCUCAGUUUUAGCUUAUAUAUAUUUUUGGUUUUACAAUGAUCGUAGCUGGAAAGUUGCCGAUUCUACAAUACAAUUCUUUGCGUAUUGUUUUAAAUUAUCGUUAUUAUUAUCUCUUCCAUUAUUGUCAUAAUUGUCAGUUACGUGUUCUUGCGUGUUAGGAUCACGAGGCUGUGUGUGAGUACGUUCAAGUUCCAUGCGUGCAUUCAGGAUGCGGUGAACUGGUGACUAGAUCAAGUCUGGUGGAGCAUCUUGAGAAGUCGUGUCAAUUCAGAAUGGAAAAAUGUGACCACUGCCAAACUCUUAUUGAGUUUGCAUUUUUGGAGGUAAGAAUAACUCUUACUGAAAUCGGUUGUUUACCCUUAAGUUGUCGUCAUUUGCAACAGGAUCCUUAAGUAAUUUAAUACUUAACGUACUUUUACAUCUUCCUUUACAACAAUAAAUUUCUGACGCUCAUUGACUCUUUGGGAAUUUCUUCAUGCCUCUAAGUUCCUUCGGUCUCAAAUCGUCAGAAAUCGGUGCUAGUAAAAGGUCUCAUAAAUAUAAGAUCUUUUAACCUAAAUUAAUGGCUCUCCAAUUAAAACCAUAGUAGCCUGGAGAGUAUGUUCAGAGCGAUCUCUAGCGUAAUGACUAAUACAUAAUUCAUUGUGCACAGGAACACCAAGAAUCGCAGUGUCCCUCCGUCCCUGUGACUUGCACAGAAUGUGGGAGAAAGGACAUACCUCGCUCUCAGGUGAGUUAUGCUCCGAGAGGUUUUCUUCUUCCUAGUGUUCUGUUUUUACACACUCCGCUAAAUAAUAAUUGCAGAUUCAAAUUUGAUCUGCAACGCACACGUAAAUGUGUAAACGGGUUCUUAACAGGUAGCUCCUAGACAGUAACACUGGAAUAAUGCGUUUGAGACUUGAUGUUGGCUUCUAUCUUUCUUACUCAGAUGCGUGCCCAUAUUGAUCUGGUAAAUGGAGACUGUGAGGAAUUGCAAUCAAGUUGUCCAUGGACGCAAAUUGGAUGCCCUGAGACUAAGGUAUGCAAAUACUUGACCUUACUUCAGUUAGGAGGUUAUCGCGCAUUAAAUGGACCAACGUUGAAAAAAAAAAAAGGCCCUGAUAGCUUUUUGCGUGAAUGGUCACCACACUUAAGGAGUUCCCACUACUUUGCCUUGCCAGAGGGAUAUCAGACUUACUUGUUUGUGGGUGUGUGUGGUGGUGGUGGGCAAGGUGCGGGUAUACGUCAGUGGGAGAUCUGACAUGCUUUUUGGUCUACUACGGUAAACUCCUACUGAAAGGUCCUUAGAUUGUGCAGGUAAGAGAAGUAAAGAAGUCUCUGGAAUGCCCAAUACCGAGUCGUGAUCAAAGCUAGCUAAGAACCACUUUUGAAUCCGCUUGAAGUUUGACGGUAUGCUCCAAGUCAGCAAUCACUCGGACAUUUUUAGAAGGGCUGCGUGUUUAUUAAAGUUUCCAAACAUUAAUACACUAUGUCGUUUUCGUUUUGUUUAGACUAUGAAGCUUCAGGAACGAAGAAUGCAUGAAGUGGAAAAUGCUUCCGGUCACCUGAUGCUCCUAUUUCAGACCGUAAUGCAGCUCUUCUCGAUGGUUGGGAAGACCAUGCGGGAAUCUGGACACGUGUCAAUGAAUGGCGUAAAUCUACCAAAACAGAAAGAUUUGGAACGCUAUGCUAAACAGGUUGAGAAUACACUGAAAGAAAAUGAAGAACUAAAAUCAAAACUGGUUCAACAAGAAGAGAGAAUACGGCAACUGGAAAGUUCUAGACAGAAUAGCUCAAACUCAGCAACAGCAUUUGAUUCAACGCUCGCCAAAGAACUUUUACAAAGAAUAACUACAGAAGAAGGAAAGACGGCCAAUCUCGAACUUUUGCUCGUUGAAGGAAACAGAUUAAAUGAAGAACUACAGAGAAAAGUGUCUACCGUAGCCAGGCAACAGGAGUCUUCGAAUGGAACAACCGAUCGACUACAGAGACAGUUCGAGUCCAUGAGUCAUUCUCUUGCACUUCGUAAUGUUAUGCUGACAGAUUUGGACGAAUAUGUGAGGCAGCAGGAAGUCUCCAGUCACGAUGGAAUCUUGCUUUGGAAAAUCACUGAGUUCGCUAAAAAACGGCAAGACGCCGUCUCCGGGCAACAGACGUCAUUUUAUAGUCCGUGCUUCUUUACCAGUCGCUAUGGAUACAAGAUGUGCGCGCGCAUCUACUUGAAUGGUGAUGGUAUUGGAAGAGGGACACACAUCUCGGUAUUCUUUGUUGUCAUGCGUGGUGAGUACGAUGCGUUACUCCGCUGGCCAUUCAGACAGAAGGUUACGUUCAUGCUGCUGGAUCAGAAUAACGUAGAACACGUGAUCGACUCCUUCAGACCUGAUCCAAACAGCUCAUCCUUUCAGAGACCAAGAAGAGAAACAAACAUCGCUAGUGGGUGCCCUACAUUCUGUCCCUUGUCGGAAUUAAACAAUCAUGCCUACGUCCGAGACGAUACUAUGUUUCUGAAGGUCAUAGUCGAUACGACGGAUUUAUAA